AUGACGCCCGUUGCCUACACAGGAACUGCAUCGGCGUCCUCUGUCCAGGAUGAACCAAGAUCCGCCGAGCAGGUCUAUGCCUCACCACUCCCAACGAAUUCAGCUCUACGUUUUGAGUCUGCUGCAUACUAUCCAGAAGACAUUCUUUGUCCAGGGUCAGACGAAGAGCUUUCCGAGCAAGAAAGGGCAAUGAAGAGGCGGAGAGUCGUUCAGAGGGGCGAGGAAUAUCUUGCAGGGCAUGCGCCUUUCAUGAUGACAGCAGGAUUGAAUGGUCCAUUUGACAACAGCUGGGAAAAUCCAUGGGCGAAGAAGAGGUCGGAAGGCAAGACAGUCAAUGUAGACCGCGUCGAAAGAGCUUCAGCUGCAAUGCGAUCAAACCCCCCGCGUCUUCUCCACUCAGAAGAGUACCACCAAGAGAUUCAGUGGAUACUACGAGUCAAUACACCGACAUAG